AGCUGGAAUGUCAUUCGUGACUACGCCCUUGCGCGAGCACACCAGUCUUUCACCUUCGAUCUUCAAAGCUAACAACUUAGGCACCUUGAUGCAAUGACGGCGACGAUACUACAAGCUAAUCGAGCGCCAUACAUCCUGGCCACGAUUGGCUUACUGCUGUUUGUGGCAACCUUCUUGCACGAGAAUGACUCGGUGUCCUAUGCAUGGCGUGGAACCAUAGACAGCGUCGGAAAGGAUGGCUCCUACACGCCGCCAGCUUCGAGCACAGCUUCUGCAAGGAAGGAUAACAGACCGUCGUUCUACGAGGUGGCACUUUCGUAUGGAACGGACAAAGUGACGACGCACAAGUACCACCACAUGUACGAGAAGUACCUGGCGUCACUGCGGGACCGACCACUGAAGAUGCUUGAGAUCGGCCUGGGAUGCGAUAUGCAUUACGGGCCGGGUAAAUCCUUCUACACUUGGCUCGAGUACUUCCCCCGAGUUGAUCUUUACUACAUUGAAUAUGAUGCCGCAUGCGUGGCCAAGUGGGCCAACUCCACCACUGGAGCGACCAUCUUCAGCGGCGAUCAGGCGGACGUUGCCUUCCUGAACAGGUUUAUGAAGGAGGCUGGAAUGGAUUUCGACAUCAUCCUUGACGACGGUGGACACCGUAUGACACAGCAGAUCACUUCACUCAACCACCUUUGGAAGGCAGUGAAGCCAGGCGGCCUGUACUUCUGCGAGGAUCUUCAGACGAGUUACUGGGGUCGCUACGGCGGCGAUCCUAGAGGUGGGCGGGGUUCCGGUGGUCCAAAGACUAAGACCAUGAUGGGCGUAAUCAAAGAGAUGCUGGAUGAUCUCAACAUAAAAGCUAUUGCGAACAAGGCGCCGAAUGAUCUCAGUGAAGAGCCUACCGAGCUGGAGCGGACGCAUAAGGUUUCUGCGGACAUGCUGUUCAUCGAUUGUAUGGAAGAAAUCUGUGCCUUUGGUAAGAAGGACGUGUGAUGGCCGCGACGCAGUCGCCGCACACCUUGAACGGAUAGAACUGGUAGUGAAGGUGGUAUAGUGGGGAUAUUGCCACAGCCUCCGCAACGUCUAUUGCAGCAUUGCGCAACUAGUUCCAAGCCACGACGCGUGAUUUACCGCGUACCACUUUCAGUGAGGUGUUCCGAACCGCUUUGGGCGAUGUGAUGCCAGCUCA